AAAACAACGAUGUAACACUUUUAACGGGUAGAAAAAGUUUUCAUUCAUGCAUAUGAACGGCAAGAGCAAAAAGCAGCACAGCCAAUUGCAUUCACACCGCUUACGCCUCUUCAUAACAGGGGUCAAACGAAGGUGUUGCUUUGUACAUCAUGAUAUGCAUACACACCACAUGUUGCAUAGACUGAAUAUUGAAACAGGCUUGAUGUUCACUUCAUAUCCAUCAUCUCUUACCACCAACAAAAUCUAGAGGAAACCAAAAACCAUCUAAGAAUGGCAUCAUACGAAUACUGGCAAGAUGAUAGACGUCCGCCUGCCUAUCAAGAUGGCGGCGCUUCAUCAUCUUCUCAUCAUCGUCAAAGGUCUGGCAUUCCAACAAAUGCGUUCGAUUCAAGUCGUGCGGUCGCAGAUGACUAUAUGUACGGACUAAACAAGUCCAAUCCUUCCCAGGAACAGGACAAUGGCGCGGGAAUUGGCGCUGGUCGCAAUGCUUAUAUGGCACCUGAUACUCCAUCCAUGUAUACGGACCCAUACGAAUACGCCUCCACGGUUGCUGGACCUACAGGCAAUUCAAAACCCGCAACAAGAGCAGGGGCAGCAAAUGUAGUGGGCACUCGUCCCAAUACAAACUUUCUUGAUCACGAUCCCUACAGCUCUCAACCUCAACAAAGUCAAUUAGACCGUAGCAAUACGAUGAACACAUUAGGUCCUGCUGACAGUGUCAGUGCUCAUCAUCUUCAUGCACGCUCACAAGAUCUAGGUACAAAUGGAACCUACGAUGAAUACAACGAUGAUGGUUAUCGGGAAUACCCCUAUCGUUCCUCUCGCGAUUAUCAUUCACGCAACUAUAGCCAUGGCGGUGAAGGCGAUGUGGGCGCAAUGUAUGGCGCCAGUGCAGCCUCUUUGCCCCUCAAAGAUCAUGCUGGCUAUAUGGGAUACGCCGAUGAUGAAGACGACGAAAAGCGACAAAGGGAUCGUUAUUGGAAUGGGGAUUCAAAGGAUGAUUGGGAACGUCAAAAUCCCCCAUCAUUAUUUGCCAACAAUAUGCAAGGUCCUUCCGUUCCACGAAAGAGUGUGGAUGAGAAUGGCGACGAUAGACGUGGUUUGUUAGCAAAGAUGACUGGAGAUGGCUUGCGACCUGGAUGGGGUGGGUCAAUAGAGGAACAAAUUGAACGAAGAAGAAGAGGAAUCGGACGUCAAAAAUAUCCAAUUUUGAGUUGGAUUUUGAGUAUCGCAUACGUUAUCGUUUUCAUCAUUGAGCUUGUUAAAGCUAAAAGUGCUACAGGUCAAGCUAUCCAGUUAAAACCAAGCAUCAAUCCGAUGAUUGGGCCACCAUUUGAAUUUCUGAUCUCAUUCGGUGCUCGUUUUGUGCCUUGCAUGCGUAAAGUGCCCGCCGUUCCACUUACAACGCCUUUGAUCUGCUUGAAGGAUAUUGCACAAUUAAGCGUUCCAAGCAAUGAAACGUGUCCUUUGUACGAAAUCUGUGGAUUGCCCAACGCAAAUACUUAUGGACAAGCAUAUCGAUUCGUCACGCCAAUCUUCAUCCAUGCUGGUUUUGUUCAUAUCGGCUUCAACUUACUUGCUCAAUUGACUCUCGGUUCGCAAAUCGAAAAGAUAUUCUCUUCACCCAUCUUUAUUGUCGUUUACGCAGCAGGAGGAAUCGGUGGUAAUUUGUUGGGAGGUAAUUUCGGUUUGGUUGGAUUACCGUCGGUUGGAGCAAGUGGUGCAAUUUAUGCUUGUAUCAGUUUGGAAUUGACUGAUUUGCUGUACAAUUGGAAGUAUGAAUAUCGACCCAGAUUAAGACUGAUCAUGUCUAUCGUUUUCACCAUUAUCGGUUUUGCAAUUGGUCUUUUGCCAGGUUUGGACAAUUUUGCACAUAUUGGUGGCUUUGCCGUUGGAAUUUUGGGAGGUGCUGUCUUGGGUCCUGUGAUUCAAAAAACCCGUCGUCAUAAAAUCAUUACUUGGGUCAUUCGUGUGAUCGCAGCUGCGCUUUUGAUCGGAUUCUUUGUCGGACUCGGGACUAAUUUCUACAACAGCGAUGAUCCAAGUAAGGCAUGUACCUGGUGUCGUUAUUUGAGUUGCUUGCCUGUAUUUUCCCAAUGCAAGGGUGAUGGUUUGACUGUUUCCACAACUUCUUCCACUGGAAAUUGAGUUGUCAAACUUUUUUUUGCACAUUCUUAUUGCACUAUUAUUUGUUUAUCUGGAGACCUUUUUUUUUCAUCAAUUGUAUAUCAUUAUUCAUGUCAUAGCAUCGGAUCCUAUAACAUUGAAAUAUAAUCUUCUUAUUUUGCACA